CUGGAAAUCAGACACUGAAAUAGAACGGUGGAAAACACGAAAACGCGUUUUCAGAAACAGCUUUUGGGUCUUGUCUUGCUGCGACAAACAACGAAGACACUGCCUUUGAUUCUCUGCAAGAAAGGGUCUCUCUCUUUCAGAGCACAGAGAGAGAGAGGGGGGGUGGGGGAGGGGGAGGGGAGAAAAGGGUUGCGUGUUUUUUUCUUGGGCUCUGUGGUCUGGGUGGUCUCUAGAUUUGUCAACUUCAGACGGAAAAUGUGUUUUUUGUUUGAGAUGAAAUGUGAUCGCAGCUUUUCUAGAACCCUAAUCUUGUUUCUGUUUUAUGUUUGGGGUUCUGUCUCCGGCGGGUUGUUGCCGGAAAAAUCGGUACUUCUGGAGUUUAAGAAUUCCGUUUCUGACGCGUCCGGCAUUCUCUCGAGGUGGGAUUCUGAUUCUGACCACUGUUCAUGGCCCGGCGUUUACUGCGACUCCAAAUCUAGGGUUUCCUCGCUCAAUAUUACUGGCGGCGAUGGCGGCAAAGGUAAGUCCCCGACUUCUCCCUGUUUCAAGUCUUCGCAGUUCAGAGUUUAUGGCUUUGGAAUCAGAAAAGGGUGCUCUGUUAGGAAUGGGAAAUUGGUGGGAAAAUUGACUCCGCUAAUUGGGAAGCUUGCUGAACUUAGGGUAUUAUCACUUCCUUUUAAUGACUUGAGUGGUGAAAUUCCCAGAGAAAUCUGGGGUUUAAGAAAACUGGAACUACUUGAUCUUGAGGGCAAUUCGUUUACUGGGGAAUUGCCUCGGGUGUUCUCUGGGUUGAGAAAAUUGCGGGUUCUUAAUCUUCGGUUUAAUAGAAUUGCUGGGGAGAUUCCUUUUUCGAUUUCAAAAUGUGUGGGUUUACAAGUUUUGAAAUUAGCCGGCAAUGAAAUGAAAGGAAGGAUUCCUGGGUUUGUUGGUAGUUUUCCGGAGCUACAUGUUCUUGAUUUGGCUCUUAAUCGGCUAGCUGGAUUUGUUCCUGACGUGUUUGGAAACAGUUGUCAGAAUCUCGAGCAUGUCGAUCUGUCAAGUAAUUUCUUAAAUGGUGGGAUUCCUUCCAGCUUGGGGAGUUGUCACAGAUUACAGACACUUCUGUUGUUUUCUAAUAUGUUGGAUGGUGUCAUACCUCAUGAGCUUGGGCUGCUUCAGGAGCUUGAAGUUCUAGAUCUUUCAAGAAACAGACUUCACGGACCUAUCCCGUCAGAGCUUGGAGGUUGUGUCAAAUUGUCGGUCCUUAUUCUCUCGAGCCUCACUGAUAGGCUGCCAACAUGCAGGAAGCUAACCAGGCCAUUUGCUGCUAUGGAAUACAAUCAUUUCAAAGGUUCAAUACCUAUGGAAAUUACAACCCUUCCGAUGCUGAGAAUACUUUGGGCACCUGGAGCAACACUUGAAGGCGAGCUUCCCAGCAAUUGGGGCAGUUGUGAGAGCUUGGAAAUGGUAAACUUAGCUCAAAACCUUUUCACUGGAGAAAUGAACGGUGUGUUUGGAGGAUGCAAAAACCUCCAUUUUCUUAAUUUGAGCUCAAACAAGCUCGCUGGUAAGCUUGAUGAGCAACUUCCUGUCCCUUGCAUGAUCAUUUUCGAUGUUAGUAGGAACCUCAUGUCUGGAUCCAUCCCCAGUUUCAACCGCAGCAUAUGCCCCCACAUAGCUUCAUUGAAGUCUAAUAUUAUACAACCAUACAACCCAUCCAUUGCAUAUUUGUCCUUCUCUAUGUCUGUAACUCAUCUUGAAACCUCUUUGCCAUUUUCCAAUGCCAGCCUUGCUGUGAUCCAUAAUUUUGCUUUGAAUAACUUCACCGGUCCGAUCCCAAGGCUCCCAAUUGCACUGCAGAGAUUUGGAAAGAAGGUUAAUUAUGCAUUUCUUGCUAGUGGAAACCAGCUCACUGGAUCAUUUCCUGGACAUUUAUUUGGAGAAUGUGGCACUUUGAGUGGAAUGAUUGCCAAUGUCAGUUCCAACAAAAUUUCUGGCCGAAUUCCAUCAGAGCUUGGCUCAAUGUGCAGAUCUCUUAAAUUUUUGGAUGCCUCUGAGAAUGAGAUUUCGGGUUCGAUACCUGAAAAUAUUGGGGAUAUGGAAUCUCUUGUUGUUCUUGACUUGAGUAGGAAUAGAUUGCAGGGUCAAAUUCCAGUAAGUCUCAGUCGGUUGAAAAGCCUAAAGUAUAUAUCCUUGGCUGGGAACAACCUGACUGGCACCAUCCCUGCCGCCAUUGGGCAGUUACACUCACCUGAAGUUUUGAAACUACCUUCAAACUCUCCCCCUGGUGGUGCCUCCUUUAAUAAUCCCAGAUUGCUGUUGAGCAGUAAUUCUGCAGCUUCCCCAUCUGGAAAUGUUUCUAAAAGUGGGAGUAAUGGAAUCAAUUCUAUUGAGAUUGCAUCCAUAAUAUCUGCAUCAGCCAUUAUUUCCGUUCUUUUAGCUCUAGUUCUCCUCUUUUUUUUCACAAGAAAGUGGAUGCCAAAAUACAGGGUUCAGGUUUCAGAAUUGAAGGAAAUUACAGUUUUCAUGAACACUCAGGUUCCAUUGACAUUUGAUAAUGUUGUUCAGGCAACAGGGAAUUUCAGUGCUGGCAACUGCAUUGGGAAUGGAGGUUUUGGCGCUACUUACAAGGCUGAAAUCUCUCCUGGGUUCCUUGUGGCUGUAAAGAGGCUCUCAGUCGGAAGGUUUGUCCAGGGUGUUCAGCAGUUCCAUGCCGAGAUUAAGACUCUUGGAAGGAUCCGACAUCCUCAUCUUGUGACUUUAAUAGGGUAUCAUGCAAGUCAAACGGAGAUGUUCCUAAUUUAUAAUUAUUUGCCUGGAGGUAAUUUGGAAAAUUUUAUAAAGGAAAGAUCAUCGAGCGCUGUUGAUUGGAAGAUACUUCACAAGAUUGCUUUGGAUAUAGCCCGAGCACUCGCUUGUCUGCACGAUGAAUGUGUUCCACGGGUCAUACACCGUGAUGUGAAGCCAAGUAAUAUUUUGUUGGAUAAUAACUUAAAUGCUUAUUUGUCUGACUUCGGUCUGUCUAGGCUUUUGGGAACCUCUGAAACCCAUGCAACAACAGGUGUAGCAGGCACUUUUGGGUAUGUAGCACCAGAGUAUGCUAUGACUUGCAGGGUGUCUGAGAAGGCUGAUGUUUACAGCUAUGGUGUGGUGCUGCUGGAAUUGAUCUCUGAUAAGAAAGCCUUGGAUCCAUCAUUUUUUUCAGAAAGUAAUGGGUUCAACAUUGUUUCAUGGGCGUCCAUGCUAUUGCGGCAGGGUCAAGCCAAGGAAGUAUUCACUGCAGGACUAUGGGAUGCAGGUCCCCAUGAUCAACUGGUUGAGACACUGCAUUUGGCUGUCUUGUGUACAGUUGAGUCUCUUUCUAUCAGGCCGACAAUGAAGCAAGUCGUCCAGCGGUUGAAGCAACUUCGAUCUCCAUUGAGCUAGCUAGAUAAUAAAACUUCCAAACAAUACUUAUCAGGUUGGUAGGUUAACAUAAAUGUAAAUUGUAUAUUUCCACCUGCCCGUAUUCUGCUGCUCUGUUAGAUCCAGUUUGAUGUUCUCUUGUUAUAUGCAUCUGCAGCAAGUUGUUCAUGCUAUUCCGAGCUGAGAAAUUUUGAGAACUUGCGAUUAUGCA